CUCAUCCCAUCCCCCGUUGUAUCUUUGCAGACACAUUACGGGACACAGGAAAACAAGCCCUGAAGGAACUCCUGAAAUUUAUGGCGCACCCGGCGAUCUCCAGCAUCAACCUGACAGCAGCACUCGGCUCUUUGGCUUCCAUUGCUCGUCAGAGGCCGAUGUUUAUGGCCGAGGUUGUCCAGGCAUACGAGACCCUCCAUGCAAACCUGCCGCCAACUCUGGCCAAGUCUCAGGUCAGUAGUGUGCGGAAGAACCUCAAGCUGCAGCUGCUGAGCGUUCUGCGGCAUCCGUCCUCGUGUGAUUAUCAGGGGCCCAUUAGUACCCUUCUGCUGGAUCUAGGGACCAACCAAGCAGAGAUCACCCGUCACUUACCUCCACCCCGCGACCUCAGCCGCAAGAGAACCCGAGAAGCUGGGGAGGGGAGCCAGAAGAAAAGCCGAACUGACGCUCCGCUGGCGGAUGAUGACGAUGAGAAGGACACAUUACCACAUCCUCCAUUGCCGGCGCCCAGCGCGCUCUCUGCUACAGACGUCACAGCCGACUUUCUGAACCCGCUGCUGACCCCGGAGAGUGUGGCCAACCUGGUCCUCAUCAGUAUGGUCUACCUUCCGGAUACCAUGCCGGCCUCCUUCCAGUCCACCUACACUCCAGUGGAGUCUGCUGGCACAGACGCUCAGAUAAGACAUCUGGCUCGUCUUAUGGCCUCACAGAUGACUGCGGCUGGCAUUGGUCCAGGUGUGGAAAGGGUGAAGGAGACGCCGGCAGAAGUGGUGGAGGAAGAAAAUGUGAAGCCGGAGGGGCUGGUGAUCAAACGAAGAGUCUCCACACUUGUCACCACUGGCCAGGCCAUCUCUGUGCUGGGCUCUCAGGCUAAGGGCCUAAAGGAGGAAGAUGAUGGAGCCCCAUUGGCCAAGAAAAGACCCGAGCCAAUAGUGCCAACCACGCAGAUCAGGCCAACUGGAGCUGUGGGUCGCAAGAAAGUCUUUAAACUGAAAGAAGUUUUGCAACCGUUGACAGAUACUCAGAUCAAGGACUUGAAAAUGGCCGCUGUGCAGAGGAUCCUGCAGGCAGAACGCUAUAUUGGUGGCAGUGGGGCUGCUCAGAUGAGAGUGAAGGUUCUCGCUCGUUUGGUGACUCUUCUGGAUCCAUCCUUGAAGGCUGAAAUCUUGGCCCACUUUCUGAGUGAUCCCCGGGGACGCCUGGACCUGGCACUGGCAUGGCUUUACCAAGAAUACUGUGAAUAUCAAUCUGGGGCUGGAGAAGAGAGCUACCAGGAGUGUCUGAUUGGGAUCCUUACUGGUCUACAAGAGCGCCCUGACCAGAGAGACGGAGUGUUCACGAAGGUUGUCCUGGAGGCUCCUCUGCUGACCGAUUCCGCGCUUGAAGUCAUCCGAAAAUACUGUGAGGAUGAGGGCCGUACUUAUCUGGGGAUGUCUACAUUGCGGGAUCUGAUUCUGACUCGUCCUGCUCGGCAGUUCCAGUACUUGCACCUUCUUCUGGACCUAAGCUCCCAUGAGAAGGACAAGGUCCGUCAGCAGGCUAUGAACCUUAUUAAGAGGAUGUAUGAGAAGGAGGCUCUUCAUCAGUACAUUGAGAAAUUUGCCCUGAAUUACCUGCAGCUUCUGGCUCACCCCAACCCCCCGUCCGUUCUGUUUGGGGCAGACAAGGACACAGAGGUGGCGGCCCCCUGGACAGAAGACACUGUUAAGCACUGUUUAUAUCUGUAUCUGGCUCUGCUCCCCCAGAAUCACAAGCUCAUCCAUGAACUGGCCUCUGUCUACACCGAGGCCACAGCUGACAUCAAGAGGACGGUGCUGAGGGUCAUCGAAACUCCGAUUCGGGGGAUGGGAAUGAACUCCCCUGAGCUUCUUCUAUUGGUGGAGAAUUGCCCCAAAGGUGCUGAGACUCUGGUCACCCGCUGCCUGCACAUCCUGACCGAUAAAGUGCCGCCAUCUCCUGAACUAGUGAAACGCGUGCGUGAUCUCUAUCAGAAGCGUCUCCCGGAUGUCCGGUUCCUGAUCCCGGUACUGAACGGUCUGGAUAAGAAAGAGGUGGUCCAGGCUUUGCCCAAACUCAUCAAACUCAACCCAAUAGUAGUGAAGGAAGUUUUCAACCGCCUCCUGGGAACCCAGCAUGGUGAUGUGACGUCUUCCAUGUCUCCUCUCACCCCUGGAGAUCUGCUUGUGGCUCUCCAUAAUAUUGACUCCAGUAAAUGUGACAUGAAAUCGGUCAUUAAGGCCACCAAUCUGUGUUUUGCGGUUCGCUCGGUGUACACCUCCGAGGUCUUGGCUGUUGUUCUCCAGCAACUGAUGGACACCACGCCUCUGCCCAUGCUACUCAUGAGGACCGUCAUCCAGGCGCUCGGCAUGUAUCCUCGGCUUGGUGGCUUCAUCAUGAACAUCCUGACCCGUCUCAUCUACAAGCAGGUCUGGAAGUACCCCAAGGUCUGGGAGGGUUUUAUUAAAUGCUGCCAGAGGACCAAGCCUCAGUCGUUCAGUGUCCUGCUACAACUUCCACCUCCUCAGCUUCUGUCUGUCCUCCAGACAUGUCCUGAUCUCCGAGACCCUCUUCUCACUCAUGUCCAGGCCUUCACACCCAAUCAGCUGGCUCAUGUACCGCAUGCUAUAAUGGCCAUCUUAGAAGCAGAGUCCAGAAUGGAUGAAGAUUUGAUGGAGGAGACAGCAGAAGCGUCGGGCCAGGAUCUCAUUGCUAAACGACUUGCUCAGGAAAAGUCCUUAAAGCGUCAGAUACUGGAAGAUCAGAAGGGAAGACGUAAGCAGGAGCCGGAGGAAGAAGCAGAAAUGGAUCUCCCCAUUAUCCUGGUUGAAGAAGAGGAGGAGGUUGUGAAACAUGAGAAAGAAUCUCCUUCAGAGGAAUCUGAGACCAUGACCUCCACAUACUCCCCACCCCUCGAUGAGCCCAUGGAAGAAGGUCUACAACAGAAAGAGGACUGAGUCCUAGAGGACUUCCCUUUCCACCAAGCCUCCAAUUCAGCCCGGCUCACCCCCUCUGCAUUGUAAUCUGCUGGAAAUCAGAACAAUAAAUGGUUAUCAGUAAGUCUCGAGGUGUGCUGCUGGAAAAGGGGAACCCGUCCAACGUGCUGCACCACUGCCGGUGUCUAUUGGCUGUAAUAAAAGGUAGAAAAUCUGUAAAUUAAUAUUCCAGAACAUGAAGAGAACGAAGCAUUAGAAUUCAUGUUCAUUGUCCUAUUCCAGCUUUCUAGUUCUCUGUAAAUAUGGCGUCCGUGUCUGCUGGCUAUGUCAGUAAUUAAACAUUUGUUGUGUCUAAA